UGUUAUGCAUUAUGCGAUUAAUAUUUCCUAACAGUAUUUUAUUAUUAGCGAUUAAACAAAUAUAAAUUUUAUAAUUCUUAAAUGAAGAAAUUUUAUUUAAAUUUAAAUACAUUUGAAUAUUUUUAAUUUAAACGUGCUGUAACCCAACUUUCCAUCACAAUGCAAAGAGAAGAGAAGCAGUUGGAAGCUACAUUACAUGCUAUUUUAAAUAGAGUAAACGAUUUAAAAUCAGCAAUUCAAGCUUUGAUUGCAAAAUUAGAAACUGAGUAUGAAACCAUUCAUUGGCCUUCAUUUCUUGACAACUAUGCAAUUUUAUCUGGGCAUUUAACUGGCCUCAGUAAAAUAUUGCAAGCUGAACUAGCACCUUCACUGCGAUCAGUUGUAGUGUUACCUCUUCAACUGGGCUGUGAAAGAGAUGAAGAAUUAUCUCGGUUGACUGAAGGAAGAGUUCCUGCCUGUACUCAUGAUUUAGUACCUGAUCUCUUGCGUACAAAGCCAGAACCACAGGCUGAACAAAGACUACAGCAACUCAUUCAUAAAGCCAGUACAUUAAAUUAUGAUACAGCUCAGAAACAAGUAGCACAGUUCACUAAAGUUAUUAGUCAUGUUUGGGAAAUUAUAUCAAAAGGACGUGAAGAUUGGGAAGGAGAAUCAAUGAGAUCUGCAGGUAUGCAGCCUACACAUAGUAUUGCUGAUACACAUGCUUUAGUGACUGCUGUGGGUACAGGCAAAGGUCUCCGACCUGGCAUGCCAGCCUGCGUACCUCCAGGUGCCGUUGCUCCAGGAAUGGGACCAUCGCGAGGACCAACACCACAAAUGGGACCUGCAGCUCCUAUUAUGCCCAAAGCACCAUCAGCUAUUAAGACAAAUAUUAAAGCAGCUAAUCAAAUACACCCAUAUCAACGUUAAACUGGAACCCUUUGUAUAUUCAUUCGAAAAGCAAAAUGUAAAUGCUCUUUGGUAUGGCCGCAGUGUCAAUAGACAGAAAGCGUCAUCAUAAAAAUAUGUUAGUUUAAAAGCUAGUGUAUUUUUAGCAAGUGUAAUGCAGUAGUGUAUGCUAAUAAAGGUAAAAAGCCUUAAAUUAGGUAAAAAUCACUUGUA